ACCCUCGUCAGCGUUGUGAGACGUGUUCUGAAGUUUUGACCAAAUUGUAAAAUCACGGUCUUCUGCUCAGUUGACGUGGAAUUCGGGUUGAAGAGAAGCUCGGGCUUUAGACUCUCAUUAGGACACUCGUAUCAAAAUGCCUGGACCAGCAUCAAGUGCGACUAAUGUUGGGGCAGCUGGCCGUUCCCCCAGCAAAACAGUGGCUCCCCGGGCAGCAGGUUCCACGGUCCGACAGAGAAAAGCUGCCAGCAGCAGCACACGCAGCGGAGGCCGGACCACGGGGUCCGCAGGAACUGGGGGCAUGUGGCGCUUCUACACUGAAGACUCGCCAGGCCUCAAAGUCGGUCCGGUACCAGUCCUGGUGAUGAGCCUCCUGUUUAUUGCUUCAGUCUUCAUGCUGCACAUCUGGGGGAAGUACACCCGGUCUUAAACCCCACCUGAUGACCUCUGACCCGGCUCUUUGACUUCUUAACUCCUGGGACCUGGACCAAACGAUGAACGAACAAAGUUCCCUCUUCUUCUUUCAAUACAACACAUUUUUAAACUUAUCAUUAUAAUUGUAAAAUCUUUAUCUGUAGCAGGUUUUUAUUCGAUCACUGACCUGAUACGAGUGAAUAAGAAAACCUCGCUGAGCCUCAGURUCUGCUCCGCUCUCACAAAAAGCAGCACCAGGUUUUCCUUAUCCUGCCACAUGAGGGUGGUGCAUUGCCCCAGGGACUAUUUUUGUUUUCAGGCCCCCCAGCAAACAUUUUGUUCUUACAGCCUGAGCUGAUUUUUUUUUGUUAACAGCAUUUGUACAAAAUGUAAUUGUAAAAUUGUACAAUAAAAUGGAAAAAAAUUGAAGCCUUUGUUUUACUAAAAUAAACUUGUUUUGGAGUGUCAGCA